AAAGUAUACAAAGUAAUACAUAAAUAGAGCAAAAAAAUGUCAAAUUCAUCGAGAUCUAGUUCGCUUUCUGAGUCUUCGAUCGAGACAAACGCAUCGAUUUCUUCAUCGGAAUUCAUGACGGCAAAUUUGGACGAAUCUAAUUCGGAAAUUUUGCCAUUUGCCGAUAAUAUUGAACCGCUUGCUUCGCCCGAUGAAAUUGCUGAGUACGAAGCUGCAGUCGCAGAAGAACAGCAGGUUGAGGACAUGCUGCAAGAUCGUUUUGAUGCCCGUGUUGAUGUUACUUCAUGGUGUGAAUGUGGCCAUUGUUCCUUGGAUCUUGUUGUCAACCCUCAAGAGUGCCGAUGCUGCAUGGAAUAGAGAUGCCGUGGCAAAAUGAAUCAGUUCGAAGUCGAUGAAAGGAAAUGCAUUUUGGAUCACCCUGGCUUUAACGAAGUUUGCCUGAACGAAUUUGUUCUUCAAGCAGCUUCGUUAGGUUUAAAGACCAAAGGUCAUCGCAGUUAUGCGACCGUUUUUCGAGAUGGUCAAAAGACCAGAGAGGAGUAAGCCUUUUUCUUUGUGAAAAUUCUAAAAAUAUUAU